CUCACCACUAACCCCCACAACAUAUCAUUAGAAAACCAGCACCUCUCAACAAAAUGAGCACCUGGCAAGAAAAAGCCCGCGCCAAACAACUCGCCGCGGCGUCCAAAAUUCCCUCCGCCUGGCGUCUCCCCGAUACCACUCUCUCCGCUCUCGCUCCCGACUCCAACGUCCUCGACAUCCCACGCACCAGCGGGCUGCUCUCGUCCCGCGAACUAACCAUCACAGAGACCGACGAUGCCAGCCUGUUGCUUGAGAAGCUCGCUGCGCGCGAAUACUCCGCGCUAGAGGUCACAACGGCGUUCAGCAAGCGGGCAGCCAUCGCGCAGCAGGUCGUGUGCUGUCUCACGGAGACGUUCUUCGAGGAGGCAGCGGAGCGAGCGAAGUUUCUAGAUGAGCAUCUAGCGCGCACGGGGAAGCCACUUGGUCCGCUGCACGGGUUGCCGAUUAGUCUGAAAGACUCGUUUAAUGUGGCCGGGCAGCAUUCGACGCUGGGGUUUGUGUCCUUCCUCGAGCAUCCGCCGCAGAGCAGGAACUCGGCGGUGGUGGAUAUCCUGCUCGCGGCGGGGGCGGUGCUCUAUGUGAAGACGAAUAUCCCGCAGACGAUGAUGACGGCGGACUCGCAUAACCAUGUGUUUGGGCGGGUGCUGAAUCCGCAUCGGAGGAAUUUGACGGCGGGAGGGAGCACGGGGGGCGAAGGGGCGUUGGUGGCGAUGAGGGGGUCGAUCCUGGGUGUGGGUACGGAUGUCGCGGGCUCGAUUCGUAUCCCGGCGCUGUGCUGUGGUCUGGUGGGCUUCAAGCCGAGUGUUGGGAGGGUGCCGUAUGGUGGGCAGACGAUGGCAGCGAGGCCCGGGGCUGCUGCGGUGGGUAUAGCGCCGGUGGCGGGUCCGUUGUGUCAUUCUGUUCGCGACGCGGAGAUGUUGCUGCGCGUGAUUACGAACAGUCACCCUGAGGAUCUGGAUGAUGUUGCGCUUCCGAUCCCGUGGCGCGAGCUGGAUGUGUCGGAGAGAUCACGGCCCUUGACUAUCGGUUUGCUGCAUGAGGAUCAAGCGUAUCCGCUUCAUCCGUCUAUGCAUCGGGCGUUGACACAGGCUGCGGCGAAGCUCGCAGAAGCAGGACACAAGGUCGUUGAUCUGUCCGAGAAAGCACCCUCGUUGGAGGCCAUCGCCCGCCUGACGUUCCAGUACUUCGGCAUGGACCCGGAUAAGACGCUCUUCUCGCACAUCCUGCGCGGCGAGGAGCCGUUUAUUCCGUCGCUUGCGGUGCUGGGCACAGGCACGACAGUGGAGAUGCGCGAUCCGACACUGCGCAAUCUGUUUGACAUGAAUGUGGCACGCAGUGAUCUGGCGGAGGCAAUGAGGAAAGCUUACGUGGACAAUAAGGUGGAUGUUAUUCUUACUCCGGGAUUUCAGAGCUGCGCGGUGCCUCAUGACACGUACGAUAACGGGCUUUAUACCACGAUGCCGAAUUUGCUCGAUUAUCCGGCCUGUAUACUCCCCUUCGGCGAGGCCAACGAGGAAGCUGAUGCUGCUUUCGUCAGAGAUAUCGACUACAAACCACCUUACAAACCGAAAGAGAUCGAAGGCGCGCCGUGCCAUGUCCAGAUCGUUGGACGGCGCCUACAGGACGAGAAGCUGGCUCAGCACGUUGCAGAGAUUCAGCGCGUUCUGAAUGCUUAGGUUGAUAGAUGAUAUUUCUCAUAUGAGCAACUGUGGU